ACCCCCCCCCCCCCCCCCCCGCAACCCCACCUAUCCAGGUCACCUCAAACCCCAUCCCCAAAAAUCCGGGACCCCCCAAAAACCCACCUUGGGCCCCCAAAAUCCCGGGAACAGGGGGGUUGGGGCUCUCCCAGACACUAAAAAUCAUGGGAAAAGGUAGUUUGGGCACAUCCAGAGCACAAACAUCUUAGGAACGAGGGGGUUGGGGCACUCCCAGAGCCCAAACUAUUGGAAAAGAGGGGCUUGGACAGUCCUAGACUCCAUUAAAAUCCUGGGAACGGGGGGGUUUGGGCACCUUCAGACCCUCAAAAUCCUGGGAAAGGGGGUUUGGACAAAUGUCAGCCUCCUAAACCCCCACGAACAGGCGGGGUUUGAGCUCUCUCAGCAACCAAACAUCCUUGAAAAAUGGGCUUUAGGUACUCCCAGACCCCAAAAAUAUGGAGAACAGGGGGGGUUGGGCAGCCCCCGAACCACAGAAUUGUGGGAACAGAGGGGGUUGGGCAACCCCAGACCCACAGAAUUUAAGGAACAGAGAGGUGUGGGCACUCCCAGACCCCAAAACAUUGGAAAAGAGGGGUUAGGACACUCCCAGACCCUAAAACUCCCCUAAAACUCCUGGGAACAGGGGGGUUUGGGCACUCCCAGACUCCCAAAAUCCUGGGAACAAGGAGUUAUGAGGCACCCGCGGCCACACAGAACAUCAUUCCAACGCAUUCAGAUCACCUUAAAUGCCAUCUCCAGGAAUCCGGGACGCCUCAAAACCCACCUUGGACCCCCCCCAGCCCCGGGGCUGCCGCGGGGGCCCCCAACGGCCCUCAGCCAAUCCCGAAGCGCCCACGCCGCCCGCGCCCAAUCCCAGCGCGCCGCGCUGAUGACUCAUCAGUCGCCGGGAAGACGCCUCGAAAAAAGGGCCCCAACUGCGCCCUCAGCCAAGCCCAGCGCGCCCCAAACCCCCCAAAACGGCGCCGCCCGGCUGGUUUUGGGCUGUCAGCAGCUGUCCGGCGCUGGGCAUGGAGCGUGUGCGGGGAGCUGGGGCCGUGCUGGCGGUGCUGGUGGUGCUGGGAGCCCCCCCGGCUGCGGGCGAGGAGCUGUCGGGGGUGUUCCAGCUGAUGAGAAAGUCCGAGUGUCACUUCAUCAACGGCACCGAGCAGGUGAGGUUUUUCGAGAAGCUCAUCUACAACCGGGAGCAGUACAUGCACUUUGACAGCGAUGUGGGGGUCUACGUGGGGGACACCCCGUAUGGGGAGAUCCAGGCCAGGCACUUGAACAGCAAACCGGAAAUAAUGGAGUACAAACGGUCUCAUGUGGACACGUGCUGCCCGCACAACUAUAAGAUUGAUGCCCCGUUCACCGUGGAGAGGAGAGUGCCCCCCAGCGUGUCCAUCUCGCUGGUGCCGUCGAGCUCCCAGCCCGGCCCCGGCCGCCUGCUCUGCUCCGUGAUGGAUUUCUACUCUGCGCCGGUGCAGGUGAGGUGGUUCCAGGAUGGGCAGGAGCUGCCGGAGCACGUGAUGGCCACCGACAUGGUCCACACCGGGGACUGGAGCUACCAGGUGCUGGUGAUGCUGGAAUCCCCCCCCUGGCGUGGGGUCACCUACAGCUGCCAGGUGGAGCACGUCAGCCUGGAGCACCCCCUCAGCCGGCACUGGGAGAUGCCACCGGACACCGUCCGCAGCAAGAUCCUGGUGGGGGUCGGGGGCUUCGUCUUGGGCUUGGUCUUCCUGGCGCUGGGGCUCGGCUUCUACCUGCGGGAGAAGAGCUCCUGAGCCGCCGGUGGCCGCAGCCCCUCCCCGUGGCCUCGGGCUCAGCCGGGACCCCCCAGACCCUGUGCUGAUUUUGGGGGGUUGCAUGUCCCCCCCUUCCCUGCAUUUCUUCCCGCACUAACCAGCUGUUCCCAGUGUUCCCAGUAAAGCUUCUCAGUGC